AUGAAACAUUCUCGUCGUUAUCGUAAAAUAAGGGAGCAAAUUCCCAGUGGUAAAACUUAUUCAAUCUCCGAAGGAAUAAAAUUUCUACAAGAUCAUCACGAAGAAAAAUCAAAAAACAUUGAAGGAAAAAUUAUUUUUCCUAACCCGCUUCCACCACAAAGUAAUUUAGCAAUCAUCAAAGAAAAUUUACCCCAACCUCUUAUUGAGGAUCUUCAAAAAAAAACCCAUCCCGAAAGUGAAACAAAAAUUAAACCAUUAGAAAAAAUACUAGGACCAAAAGGGGCUUAUCCUACUAAAAAAAAUGGUCUAUUAACUGAAAAUAUUUUAGAGGAAGUAAAUAAAUUUAGUCAAGGAGAACGAGAAAUAAAAACCGAUAAAGGAGGCAAUAUUCACACCGUAUUAGGAAAAAAUGAUUUUAGUUUGGGAGCCUUAGAAGAAAACUACAAAAGUUUGUAUAACAAAAUAACUAGUCUAAAACCAAAAGGCGAAGAUGAAGAAUUUGAAUUAAGUUUCAAGUUAUCUAAAAUUUAUUUCUUUGUCAAUCAUCUACUUAAUGAUCCCACCGAAGAUAAACCAAAAAUAUCUUUGUUCGCGGAAAGUAGAAGGCUAGAAGUGUUUUUUAGGCAUCCAAAUGCUUCUAAUGUAAUCACUAUUCAAAAAACUAGUGAAAGCCCUGAAAACGACGACGCUCCAAAACUUAACAACUUCACUAAUUUACUGAAUACCGCUUGUUCUUCAAGUGCUUCCGAGCAAGAUAAAAUUGUUGCUCUUAAAGAGGCUGGUAAAAUCCAAGGGUUUAUCAGUCCUGAAAAUAAAACUAAACUAAAUCUAAUUAUACAACAAUUAACUAAUAAUCCUACUCAACUUCGUCAAGCAGUAAUUGGAGAAAUUGAAAAUCAAUUAAACGCUAAUAAUUUAACUAUUGAAGAAUUAUCAACCACAGACCAAACUACUUGA